AUGGCAAUUGAUUUCUCUUCAAAGCAAAUUCAGGAUAAUCCUGCUUACCAAGAAUAUGUUAAACUUGGAGUAACGUACCAAAAAUAUGUGGAUCAAUCAGUUCCGUACACUUUCAAUAGAUGGGUUGGAUUUGGUGUUGCGUUUGCAUUAUUUUUACUUCGUAUUGUCUACGUCCAGGGCUGGUAUAUUAUAUGUUAUGCAUUGGGUAUUUAUUUAUUGAACUUGUUCUUGGCGUUUUUAACGCCAAAGUUUGAUCCUUCUUUGGAACAGGAAAUGAAAAAUGAAUCAAUUGAAGAAGGUUUACCAGAAGAUGAACCAGAAGACGAGGAAUUUAAGCCAUUUAUCAGAAGAUUGCCAGAAUUUAAGUUCUGGUAUAAUGCUAUAAGAGCCACCAUUUUAUCAUUGUUCUUGUCUUUUUUUACUAUUUUUGAUAUCCCAGUUUUCUGGCCAAUAUUAUUGAUGUAUUUCGUUAUUUUAUUUGCGUUAACUAUGAGAAAACAAAUCCAACACAUGGUUAAGUAUAAAUAUUUACCAUUUGACUUUGGAAAGACUAAGUAUAGAUCCAGGUCCUAG